GGCAGAAACGGAGACCAAAUCAAGCCUGCAUCUUCAUCGCCAUUCGCCAUGAACUCCUACGUUAUCUUGGCACUCGUCAUCCUGGGGCACCUGUGUCAAAUUCACGCAGCCACGCUGAGUAAGCCGGCAAGGAACACAGACGACGCAACGAAAGAACUCACGGAAAGGAUUUCCCGUUCCCUAAUGCAGCACCGUGAGGACAUCAUUGGUGCCUUCGAGGCACUCGAAAAGUCUGCCGACAGCUUCGGCGACGAAACCGACGAGCAGGCCAUUCCGGCCGUAGUUGUGGCCGUCGCGGGGGCCAUCGCAAACGGCGCCAUAUCCGGCGCUGUCGGGGCUGCUGUCGCGAACUUGAUUAACAAAGGCUGAAUACAAUAAAUUGCAUCUUCUUUAUCAUGA